AUGCAAAGAUGCGAACACUUGGCCAUUUAUGUCAUACUGUUUGCUAGGACUCAUUUUGGAAUUCCUUGGAGACACAUGAAGCCCCCUCAAAAGCAGACAAGGUCACGUAAAAGGUCACUGUGUCUCUGGACUCUGCCCCAUCGUCUGUCCCUGAUUGAGUCGGGUAAAGAGAAGGAGACGGGCACGGGUACUGCCCCGACCACUCCUGGUUCUCUCCCCCAACGGAGCAGCCAGAUUGGACCGAAGUCACAUUCCCUGUUUCACGUGGACCACCGAAUCACUUCAGGGCGGCGGGCAAGGCCCGCCGCCGCCAGCCAGCCCGAUACGGGCGGGUGGGCCACAAGGUCUGCCCAGCAGGCCUGGUGCGUCGGCCACAAGGUCUGCCCAGCAGGUGCCUGGGUGCAGGCAGGCAGGCGGCCACCAAGGUCUGCCCAGCAGGCCUGGUGCAGGCAGGCGGCGGGCCACAAGUCUGCCCAGCAGGCCUGGUGCAGGCAGGCAGGUGGGCCACAAGGUGGCCAAGGUCUGCCCAGCAGCCCUGGUGAGGCAUGGCAGGCGGGCCACAAGGUUGCCAGGCAGGCAGGCCUGGUCAGGCAGGCGGGCGGGCCACAAGGUCUGCCCAGCAGGCCUGGUGCAGGUGUUCAGGCACAAGGUCUGCCAAGCAGGCCUGGUGCCAGGAAAGGCAGGCGGGCCACAAGGUCUGCCCAGCAGGCCGGGGUGGUGGCAGGCAGGCGGGCGGGCCACAAGGUCUGCCCAGCAGGCCUGGUGGCAGGCAGGCGGGCGCGGGCCACAAGGCCUGGUGCAGGCAGGCGGGCGGGCCAACAAGGUCUGCCCAGCAGGCCUGGUGCAGGCAGGGGGGCGGGCCGGGCCAACAAGGUCUGCCCAUCAGGGCUGGUGCAGGCAGGCGGCGGGCCACAAUGUCCGCCCAGGCAGCCUGGGGUGCAGGCGUCGGGCGGGCCAAAAGGUCUGCCCAGCAGGCCUGGUGCAGGCCAGGCGGGCGGGCCACAAGGUUCGCCCAGCAGGCCUGGUGCAUGGCAGGGCGGGCGGCCACAAUGUCUGCCAGCAGGCCUGGUUGCAGGCAGGCGGGCGGGCCAAAACGGUCUGCCCAGCAGGCCUGGUGCAGGCAGGUGGGCGGCAGGCCACAGGUCUGCCAGCAGGCCUGGUGCAGGCAGGCAGGUAGGCCACAAGGUCGGCCAAGCAGGCCUGGUGCAGGGCAGGCGGGCAGGCCACAAGGUCUGCCCCCAGCAAGGCCUGGUGCAGGCAGGCGGGGCAGGCCACAAGGUCGGCCAAGCAGGCCUGGUUGCAGGCAGGCGGGCAGGCCACAAGGGUUCUGCAGCAGGGCCUGGUGCAGGCAGGGGGCGGGCAGGGCGAAAACAAGGUCUGCCCAGCAGGCCUGGUGCAGGCAGGCGGCAUGGCCAACAAGGUCUGCCAAGGCCUUGGCCUGGUGGCAGGCAGGCGGGCGGCGGGAGGCACAAGGUCGCCCAAAGCAGGCCUGGUGCAGGCAGGCGGGCAGGCCACAAGGUCUGGCCAAGCAGUGGCCUGGUGCAGGCAGGCAGGGCAGGCCACAAGGUCUGCCCAGCAGGCCUGGUGCAGGCAGGCAGGGCAGGCCACAAGGUCUGCAAGCAAGCCUGGUGCAGGCAGGCGGGUGCAGGCAGGCAAGGUCUGCCAGCAGGCCUGGUGCAGGCAGGCGUGCAGGCCACAAGGUCUGGCCCAAAGCAGGCCUGGUGCAGGCAGGCGGGCAGGCCACAGGUCUGCCAACAGCCUGGUGCAGGCCAAGGGGGAGGCCACCAAAAGGUCGCCCAAACAGGCCUGGUGCAGGCAGGUGGGCGGGCCAGGCCAGGUCGCCAAGCGGCCUGGUGCUGGCAGGCAGGCGCGGGCCAACAAGGUCGGCCAAAAAGGCCUGGCAGGAGGCAGGCGGGCAGGCCACAAGGUCUGCCAAGCAGGCCUGGUGCAGGCAGGCGGCAGGCCACAAGGUCUGCCCAUCAGGCCUGGGUGCAGGCAGGCGGGUUAGGCCACAAGGUCUGCCAGCAGGCCUGGUGCAGGCCAGGCGGGCAGGCCACAAGGUCUGCCCAGCAUGCCUGGUGCAGGCAGGCGGGCAGGCCACAAGGUCGGCCAAACAGGCCUGUUGCAGGCAGGCGGGGCAGGCCACGGUCGGCCAAGCAGGCCUGGUGCAGGCAGGCGGGCAGGCCACAAGGUCUGACGGGCAGCAGGCUGUAA